GGUCGAGCUACACUCCGGCACCGGCCCGCAGAGGCGGCUCCGGAGGGGCGGGGCCGCUCCUCCCUCGGGUCCGCUGCGAGCCCGCACCUCCCAAUUCCCGGAGCCGAGGAGGGCUAGCGGCGGCUGCUCCGCUGGGCUCCAGGUUGGGCUGCCGGGCGCUGGGCCAGGGCGGGCGGGAGCGGGGCGACGACUUGCGCGGAGGGCGGCGGCCUGGGCCCGCCGAGCCAUGGCGGCCCCGGAGCCGGCGCCAAGGCGAGGCCGGGAGCGCGAGCGGGAGCGGGAGGACGAGAGCGAGGACGAGAGCGACAUCCUGGAGGAGAGCCCGUGUGGCCGCUGGCAGAAGCGGCGGGAGCAGGUGAACCAAGGAAACAUGCCGGGGAUUCAGAGCACCUUUCUGGCCAUGGACACCGAAGAGGGGGUAGAAGUGGUGUGGAACGAACUCCACUUCGGGGAUAGGAAGGCCUUUUCGGCCCAUGAGGAGAAGAUCCAGACCAUGUUUGAGCAGCUGGCGCUGGUGGACCACCCCAACAUCGUCAAGCUGCACAAGUAUUGGCUGGACGCCUCUGAGGCCCGCGCGAGGGUCAUCUUCAUCACAGAAUACGUGUCGUCUGGCAGCCUCAAGCAGUUCCUCAAAAAGACCAAGAAGAAUCACAAGGCCAUGAACGCCCGGGCCUGGAAGCGUUGGUGUACGCAGAUCCUGUCGGCACUCAGUUUUUUGCACGCCUGCAGUCCCCCCAUCAUCCACGGGAAUCUGACCAGCGACACCAUCUUCAUUCAGCACAAUGGCCUCAUCAAGAUCGGCUCUGUGUGGUACCGCAUCUUCUCCAAUGGUGCGUGGGGCCUCUGGGGUGUGGGGACCUUGGAGAAACUGAUCUGCUCAGCCCCGCGCUCUUCCUUAGCACUUCCUGAUGAUCUCCGGAGCCCCAUCCGCGCUGAGCGGGAGGAACUUCGAAACCUGCACUUUUUCCCACCAGAGUAUGGCGAGGUCAAUGAUGGGACUGCAGUGGACAUCUUCUCCUUUGGGAUGUGUGCACUGGAGAUGGCUGUACUGGAAAUCCAAGCCAAUGGGGAUACCAGGGUCACCGAGGAGGCUAUUGCUCGAGCCAGGCACUCACUGAGUGACCCCAACAUGCGGGAAUUCAUCCUUUCCUGCCUGGCCCGGGACCCUGCCCGCCGGCCCUCUGCCCACAACCUCCUUUUCCACCGAGUGCUCUUCGAGGUGCAUUCGCUGAAGCUGCUGGCAGCCCACUGCUUCAUCCAGCAUCAGUACCUCAUGCCGGAAAAUGUGGUAGAGGAAAAGACCAAGGCAAUGGACCUGCACGCCGUCCUGGCUGAGAUGCCCCAGCCCCAUGGACCCCCAAUGCAGUGGCGGUACUCAGAGGUCUCCUUCUUGGAGCUGGACAAAUUCCUAGAGGAUGUCAGGAAUGGGAUCUACCCACUGAUGAAUUUUGCGGCUGCCCGGCCCCUGGGACUUCCCCGUGUAUUAGCUCCACCCCCAGAGGAGGCCCAGAAGGUCAAGACCCCAACGCCGGAACCCUUUGACUCAGAGACCAGGAAGGUGGUCCAGAUGCAGUGCAACUUGGAGAGAAGCGAGGACAAGGCUCGGUGGCACCUCACUCUGCUUUUGGUGCUGGAGGACCGCCUGCAUCGGCAGCUGACCUAUGACCUGCUCCCAACCGACAGUGCCCAGGACCUCGCUGCGGAACUAGUGCAUUACGGCUUCCUGCACGAGGACGACCGGACAAAGCUAGCAGCCUUCCUGGAGACCACCUUUCUCAAGUACCGUGGGACACAGGCUUGACCUUCCCAGUCCUGGCAGCCCAGCAGGGAUACCAGGGCUCAGGGUUGUCCACUUGGCAAAGAGCGCCAUACUGCUCAGAGCUGCCUUCUGCCUGUGUUUCCUGGAGCCAAUGAACACAGGCCCUGCUAGUGAAGACCCCUCCCCCCCCAGCUUUCUGCAGCAGUGUGGGUCCUGGGGUGGUGAUGGAGUCCCAAGCCUGAAUGGGAGUAGAGGAUACAGGUCAUUUAGGGGAACUUCCCCAUCUGGUAUUGGACAACAGCCAUACAUUCAGGUGACAUAGAAACCUAGGGAAGGAGCUUGAACUCAAAAGUAAUAGAGCCCCUUCAGGUGUCAAAUGCAAUACUGGGCAUCAGGCAGACCAGACUUGGCUGGAGACUCAGAGGCUAGAGAGCUUGGAGUUGGAUCCCUGGUCCCACCCAGAGCAAUCCCAAUCCCAUGCAUACCUGUCCUGAGCCCCCUCUCACUGAUCUUCCACACACUUGAGAUCAGGACCUGUGUCCUCCCCAGAGUCCUCCAGCAGGAUCAGCAGGAUCUUUCUGUUCUUCAUUCUUGAACUGCCUGUCUUCCAACUUCAAAUUUAAAGUCUUAAAUGUUUUUUAAAUGUAUGUAUAAAUUUAAUGCACUCAAGUUCCUUCUUAAAUAGUUCUUCAUAUAUGAAAUCAGGAAAGACACUACUGUAUUAUUAAUAGUUCCACAUUGCUGCUGUCACGUUUGUCACAAACCCAGUGGCUUGAGACAACACUAAUACAGUUCUGUACAUCAGAAGUUUGAUACAGGCUCCCACUAGAUUAAAACCCAGUCAUCUGUGACUGAACUCCUUUCUGGAAGAGGGAUGUAGAGUGGGGAUGGGGCUCACCUCCUGCUCCUUCAAGCUACUGGUAGAAUUCACUUCCUUGCCGUGGUAAGGCAGAAAUUCCUACUUUUUUACAGCUGCCAACUAAGAACCCUUCUCAGCUUCUAGAAGCCACCAACUUUUCUUAAUUCUCCUUCCACCUUCAAGACCAGCAGCGUCAGGUUGAAUGUGUGUCAUGGACUAGCUGUCUGGUUUUCCACUGCCUGGAAGGUUGGGGCCUUUUGUGAGUAGGUUGGACCCACCUAGAUAAUCUAGGAUGAUACCCCCUCAGGGCCUGUAGCUGAAUCACACCUACAGAGCACCUUUUGCUACCGAGACUAAUCAUCCUGGGGUUUGGUGCUUAAGAGAAUGGACGUGGGCACACGCAGGGUGGGGGUGUUGCUGUGUUGCCUACCAUACCAUCUUAACCAAAACCAAAACCUAAAAUAAAGCAAAUCUGUCAUGGGACAGCUAAUAAACGGAAUGAACACUGA